AUGGAGCAGUCCCAUUGUGGCAGCAGCGAUCGUAGCACUAGCGGCCGACCCCAGCUGGCCCCGGGCCUGGUGGCAGCUGCCCCUCCGCCCCUGUCCCCGGCGUUGUCGGUGUCCCCGGGGAUGGCUGUUCCUCCUGCUUUCCUCCGGCCGCCGAGCCUUUUCCUACGGGCAGCCGCCGCCGCCGCCGCCGCUGCGGCCUCGGGGAACGGAGCCUGUCCACCAGCGGCCGGGCUAGAGAGAGGGGUGGCGGCGGUGGGCUGCGGGUACCCGCGGACCCCCAAGUGCGCUCGCUGCCGUAACCACGGCGUGGUGUCGGCGCUCAAGGGCCACAAGCGCUUCUGUCGCUGGCGGGACUGCGCUUGUGCCAAGUGCACCUUGAUCGCCGAGCGCCAGCGCGUCAUGGCCGCCCAGGUGGCGCUGCGCAGGCAACAGGCACAGGAGGAGAGCGAGGCCCGUGGGCUGCAGAGGCUCCUGUACUCUGGACCCUCGGGGUCAGAGGGUCGGACAUCCAGAAGCAGCUGCGGAACCGAGGAUCCCCCUGCCGCCGGCGCCCCUGCGGCGGUGACUGCGCUGGGACUGGGGGCCAUGAGGCAAACUCCCGCUUUUGAGGUUUUCCAGCCGGACUAUCUGGAGGAAAAACAAGAACAAAAACCAAGUAAAUGUGGGUCAUACCAAAGUGGACAAGAAGAACCUAUCUCCAAAUCCCAUCACUUUCCCCUGGAAUCAUCUCCCAAGUCUAAUGGUGUCAUUGGAAACCCAAACAUCAGAUCAUCUAGUUCAGAAAACUCCAACAAGGAUGAUAACAUCUUGUCUCCUCACCCUGGGGAACAGUCAGGAGGUGAAGAGAGUCCCAGAUCUUUAUCUUCCUCUGAUCUAGAAUCAGGAAAUGAGAGUGAAUGGGCCAAAGACAUCAUUGCUCCCAGAUCUUGCCUUCCCACAAUGUCUUCAAGAUCAAGAGACCCUCUCGACAUCCUUACCAAAAUUUUCCCAUCUUAUAGACGCAGCCGAUUAGAAGGUAUUCUUCAGUUCUGCAAAGGGGAUGUGGUCCAAGCCAUUGAGCAGGUCUUAAAUGGGCGAGAACACAAGUCAGACCCCAGGGAGCUAGCAUGCGCAGGAGGAUCUGGGCCUACAACCUUUCCGAGAGCUUCUAACUUUAGUCUAGCUGGAAUUGGUUUUGGAACUCUAGGGAAUAAAUCAGCUUUCUCUCCUAUUCAAACUACUUCUGCUUCAUACGGAGGUGAUUCAAGUCUCUACGGUCUAAGUCCUCGACUAGGCAUCAGUCCAUUACGACUGGUAUAUUCCCCUCCAGGAAGAGGGCUGUCUGGUUUUAUGUCACCCCACGUAACAUCUGGAUUGGUGCCUGCAUUACCUUUCCGGCCAGCUGUGGAUUAUUCUUUUUCAGGAUUGAUUAGGGAUUCUUCAUACUUUCCUAGCAAAGAUUCCCUAGCUAGCAGUGGACUAUAUUCCAGACUGAAUCAGAACAGUCGUUAA